GGCUAGCGCCAGCCAUAACUCCGUCCCCAUCGUCAGACAUACCUCCUACCUCCAUCUCCUUCCUCCUUCCGAUUUUCCUCCCUCUUCUUCCUCGAAAAGCGAGGAAAACAACGACGAUCUAACCCUAUUUCCUCUUUCUCCCUCUUCUCCCUCGUCCUCUCCCACCUCACCAUGAGUUUCAUCACGGAGCGGGUUCUCGACGCACAGCUGCGGCAGCCACGUGGCCACAUCUCAGAGAUCCGGCAAGUUUGUCACCCUCGACUCAAUAUGGAUCUCCGCCGUUUGAUGCGAUUCUUCUGCGACGAAGUCCCUCUUAUCAAUCGUGGACAUAGGCGAUUGUGGCGCGAAACUUUUGAGGAGCUGUCCUUUUGCUUGGCCAGAGUACAUGUGACGUGGACGGGCACUAUCGAGCACCCCACGUGGAUCGAGAAUCCGGAGCUGCUGAUCAUACAAGGUUGGAGGAAUAACGCGGAAGGAGAUCUUAUUGGAUUCCUCUUUGGAUCGGUACGAAAGGGUCGCCGUCAGUUGAUUGCGCAGGAGCUCAUCGCACCGAUCGUGCAAUUGGCGGACGAUCUCUCGCCUGACAUCUACUUUCAAAGCGACAACAGUCCUGCUCCGUACAUUUUCGAGCGAUCCUUGGAUUCGUACCUUCAGUGGACUUUGUGCCUGGAGGAACCUAGGGACGAGGAUACGCUACCAUCGCGGCAGGAGUAUCUGAAGCCGUACGAGAUCAUCCCCCACGCCUUCUAUCCGAGGGCAGAGGAAGUGGUGAUCGACGACGACGACGAAGAAGAAGACGACGACGAGGAAACAUCGGAGGAGGGAAGCUAUAGUGAACAUAGCGAGGGCGAGCUGAGUGAGGAGGAAGAGGAAGAAGAAGGAACCGGGUUCGAGUGGGAAGCCCCACCGGAGGAAGCGACGCGUACGGGAACGGAGGCGGAAGAUCCGGAAGCGGCGUGAAAGCGCGAAGAGAUUGCCUCCGGAAAGCGCCAGCUGGAGUUCGU